CUUCGUAAACCAUCGGAAGGAAUUUCCAAAUCGCAAUCUCUCAUAUAUCUCCUAAAAACCCAUCAAAGCAAAGAAAUCCCAACCUCUACAAAUCCCAUUAGACAAACUUUCCAACUACCAAGAUGUCGAUCGUCCCCAGCGUCUUUGGCCGCCGAACCAACAUCUUCGAUCCCUUCUCCCUCGACGUAUGGGACCCAUUUCAAGGCUUCCCCUUCGACUCAUCUCUCUUCCCAUCUCGCUCCGAUUUCGCCAGAGAAACUUCCCAAUUCGCAAACACGCAGAUAGAUUGGAAGGAGACUCCCGAAGCGCACGUCUUCAAAGCGGAUCUGCCUGGCAUUAAAAAGGAGGAGGUGAAGGUGGAGGUUGAAGAAGGGAGAGUGCUCCAGAUCUGCGGCGAGAGAAGCAAGGAGAAGGAGGAGAAGAACGACACGUGGCACCGCGUUGAGAGGUCAAGCGGCAAGUUCCUUAGGCGAUUCAGGUUGCCGGAGAACGCGAAGGUGGAGGAAGUGAAGGCAGCAAUGGAGAACGGAGUCCUGACUGUAACGGUUCCGAAAGUGGAGGUGAAGAAGCCCGAUGUGAAGGCCAUUGAAAUCUCUGGCUGAGAAAGGUGAAGGGCAGAAUAGUAAAUAGCUUAUAGUCCUUGGGGUAUAGUUCUGGUGUUGCUUGCUUGUUAUGUGUGGUCAUGGUGUUGCUUGUUAUUAGAGUAGUUCUGCGGACUACCUUUCAUCAGCUAGUAUGCAUGUAAUUCUGGUCUUUUCUGUUUAAUAUAGUUUUCUUUUGCA